CUGCACACUCCAAAACUCCUAUGUUUCAAACCAGCAGUAGUUCCAUCUAUGAACAUCCAUUCGAGGGUGACGAUGGUUCAAGUAAAGAUGAAAUAUUUCUGUUUAUGCAAGCAUUAGCGGAGUAUGAAGGUCAGCCCUUUGCUAUGAUCAAGUAUUUUAGUUCUAUACUUCGAGAUAAAUAUGAGAGGUUGUUGAAGCAGAGCGUAUUGUCAUCGAGUCAGAAUAUAUUGGCGGAGUUGAAGCAGGAAUACAAUGCGUGGCUAUUACUAUAUAUGCUAUAUAAGCAUCGCACGAGCGCCAGUGAAAAGAGAAGAGAGGAGGAAAGUGGGGUAAGUGUAAGUGACCAAGCGACUAUAAGGUCGUAUUUAGAGAGCGAGAAGAAGGUGAAGGAAUGCCUGAUAGUACAGAGAUGGUUAGAGAUGAUAUAUGAGCAUAGCGCGUGGACGAUGGUAAGCGGGGAAGGAUUGGAUUUGAAUGGAGAAGAAUUGAAGUAUCAAGGAAAAGAAGAGGGAAGAAAAGGCAGGCGCUCGGAAUUGGAUGAAGAGUUGAGUAGUCAGGUGUACCAGCUGGUAAGAGGGGGUCAGAUGGGAGAGGUGAGGAGGAUGUUGGAGGGGUCUGGACAAAGUGCGAGACUAUCGACGUUGUCUUUAUUGUACGGGGACGAGUACUAUAGGGACGCGAUAUUGGAGGAUGAAGAGAAGAGUGUAUGCUUGAGUAAGGAAGAUGGGGAGGACAAAGAGGAUAACUGGGAGAUAUGGCCGGGGGAAGGGAGAGGAUGGUGGAGGGGUUUGAAUGCUGACGUUAACAAGGAAGAGGAUAAGAAGAUAGAGAGGAGGAGCACGGGUGGAUUAAUUGACAGGAGAUUAAUGAGGUACGCGUGUAUGGUAAGUACAAUGAGUAAGGAGAUGGAUGAAAGGAAAUACGAAUUAGCGUUGUAUGCGAUAGAAUCUGGGUGUUUAGAGAAGUUGUUAAAGGUGUGCCAGUCAUGGGAGGACAAGUUAUGGGCACAUGUUCGAAUACACGUGGACAGAUUAUUUUAUGAAAGAUUAGAGUCUAGACCAUUGAUAUGGAGAAGUGGGAUAUGGAAAGAAGAGACAGGAAAAUGGAAGGAGAGUUACGAGAAGUUGAUGAAUCAAUAUUCGCGGAGUGAGUUGGGAGUAGAAUUAGAAUUACCGGAAGAGUUUAGAGAAGCUCGGAAAGAAGAAGCGUGGAGGAGAACUGCAAAUUCUGGAUUUACAGCCCUAGAAGGAAUGGGUGGAGAUAGAACAAAUGAAUUUGUAAGGGCUGAUGAAUGGAACUGGAAUGAAAUAUUUGCCCGUUUGAGGACUGAUACAAAUAAUCAAGUUAGAAAAGGGUCUAUGAGGCCUUUUACAAUAGUCGCCGAAUGCAUUAUAUCAGAAAAUUUUGAGGAGCUUGCAGCUACAGUUGAGAAAUGGUUGGCAAAUAGGAGUGGCAAUUUCGACUACUCUGUUGAUUCAUCUAUCUCUAAUGAUUAUUCUUCGUCGAUACGACUGUCCGAUUCGCGCUCAUUUCAGAAGAAUGUACCUUCUUAUUCAUCAAUAGUCAAUCAAUCCUCAUCAAUUUUGCGUUUCUCAGUUCAUCUCUUUCUUUGGCUCCAAACAGUAUACUCUGCUUCAUCUACAACUGCCUCUCUCGACGAUAAUGUUUGUCCAUUCUCCAAGAUUUCCGCUUCGAGUCUUAUCGCCCUCUUUUCUCGCUAUAUCGAAUAUCUCAUUCAUUCCGAAUACCAUGAACUUGUUGCUUAUUAUUGCGCGCGCGUUCCUUCUGAAACGCACAAAAACCAGCUCUACGCCAACUUCCUCGCUCGCAUAAGGGAUGAGCGCAUGCGUGAGCGAGCCCUACAAUGGGCGCUCGACGCAGGACUCGAUACCUAUGCUAUUACUAAUACACUUGUACACACCGUUUUCCGCGACUCGAAUGACCCCUCCUCGAUUUCUUUCUCCAGACAUCCUAAGUUUUUGGAGUCGCCUGCCGAGCGCAAGCAAAACGACAGUACAGCCUUAUCGCAGCAUUCCUCGUUUGUCGUCACAGAUUGGUUCAAUUCUCAAAUAUCAGAUUUGGAUAAAAAAUACGUAGAUAUACUCAAAAUGUUCCUCUUCAGCAACAACAUUGAUCAGCAUCUUCAAUAUCUUUUAUAUGCGAAUGCACUCUCCAGAUUCUUCAUUCAGUCCAGAAAGAUGGCUGCCUGCCAGCUUUUGUUCAACGACUCUCGCGAUGCGAUCGACCAAAGGCUCGGGACCAUCAUCAACAAGCUCGACCAAAUGCUCGCCGGCGGGCAGGAUUCCCAUUCAGAAAACAAAUCAAAAGAUUGGUCUACUUUUUGGGGGAAUGUACAGGUAGCACUGAAGGAGUACGAUUGUUUAAUGAAGUAUAUCGAGGCGUUGCAAGCGCAUGCCACGUGGCACGCCCAUUACUCGAGCAGGCAGAGGAUGAAGCAAGAAUACAGAAAUAAUAGCACAGAGACGAGGACACGUAUGAGGAGGAAUGAUGCAAAUAGAUGGGGUAAUAGGAGUGAACAGGAAGGGAUAGGAAAUGAUAGUAUAUGGCCAGAAAGUGAGGACACAUUGACAGAAAAUGGUGGUGGUGACCAUUUGCUAGAUAGCUGGAGAGAAAGGCUAAAGGAAUUGGCAGAUGACGCGCUGAAGGCGUUGAAUGAGGUAAUUUAUUUUCCGGGCGGAUGGUUGGAGGAUAUGGAAUAUGAAGGAAAAAGCACGCUUCAUUAUGAAGAACUGCCAUCCCAUUUGUUACAACAACAAGGGGAUUAUCCGAAAAAUUCUUGUCGCGCAGUGCAGUUGAAGGAACUGAAACGUCAAUGUCUACCGGAGACGAUUUUUUUACUGCACCACAUGUUAUAUCAUAUGCAAAAUUAUGCGGGUUGUAUCCGUCUCUCAGGUCUUGUUGCAGAUGAUAGAAAAAAGCUGUUCAGCUACUUCAGUCAGAAAGAAAUGAGGACUUUUUUACUUGCAUUGCGGAACAGUGCAUUAGAAUUCCUCAGACAAGGACAUGCGGACCCGCUGGGAUAUGAAUGAAUCUAGCAAAAAGAAAAAUGUUCGCGAAUAUACAUAUAGAGAGAAGUAUAUAUGCAAAUAUAGAAGAAUCUACAAAAUAUUAGUAAAUCAGGAGCGGCAACCAACUUGCUACUUGCUAGCUAGGAGUAAAAACUGUAUUAAAACGAAGAGUUGCAGUUCUUAUGAGUAUCGGACAACGGAGUCAAUGAGCACAGAAAGGAGACAGAUGAAACCCAUGACGAGAAAGGAUAUAAUCAAUAGCAUUCUUUGCCUCGAUAAUAUCUUCUUUGAGGUGGUAGAUGUGAUUAUUAAAAGAAUCAAGUUGAAGAAAAGUGGAACAGCGAGGAUUAUAUUAACACAGACGAAGAUGAGGUAUCCGACGACGUGUUGGGUCUCUGAUUGUCGAAACAAGAGGUCAAAAAUGUGAUUGAUUAUCAAUGGCAUAAAUAAGGUACAAAAAAGCUGACGUAAACUAUAAUUUAGAUUUAGGAUAGAUAUUAUUUAAUAGACAUACCACCGUCCUCAACGCUGUA